GACCACUAAAGUUCCUGCAUUUUAGUGGGAAAGUACUUGUUGGAAAUGCAGCAACAAAUCUCAUUCCUCAAUAGUCUACCACUAUACGAUAUACCCUUUUGUCCUUGUUUUGUUUGGACCAUUAUCUUCCAACAAAACGCGUAAAGGUGUAAUCUUUAUAUUCAGAAACUCUUGUUUUACUUAUCUUUUCAUCUCAUCAUCCUUUUUUAGAGAUCUUUGUUCUUUCUUGACUCAAAGAAGUAAUCUUUGAGGAGAGAGCUCCAAGAAACAAGCACAACAUUGGCUUGAUGAGCUGAGCUACACACUCCUUUAAUCCCUUUUUAGCACUUGAACUUUGGUUUUGUUAUGUUGUGGUUUUAACAUUCUUUUUAACUGUAUUUGCCCGUUGAUGACUAUCUUGUACCAUGUACUCUCUCUUGUUGCAAUCAUGUGAUUUGUGGAUGUUUGCCUUAGUUUCUUUGAAAUUUGAUACGUUUUCAUGUCCAUCCCAAUUUUGUGUAAAACAUUGAAUUUGGUGCCCUUUGUUGAACUUAUCCUAUUUCAUUAGAGAAUCUUGACCUUUUGAGGAUUUGAGGGUAUUUUCUGGUCACUAGUCUGUGUUAUAAAUUCUGUUGAGGACUUGAGAUUUAUCUAGGGGGUGGAGAGUAGCCUUUUGGCCUUCUUGAUUAAUUAUUUUAUCAGAAAAAUAGAUUGGUUUCAAGAUACAGGAAGGAAGUGUCAUCCAAAGUUUAGGCCUUUUACUUUAAAUCAAUCUGUUCUAACCUCUUGCCUGAAAAUGGAUGAUGAUAAAUCGGAGGAACAACAUGUAAUUGCUGCAGCUCAUCACCUUGUGAAGGCGUUAAAAGUCAGGACAAGCUUGAGCAAUGAAGUUAGAAGGACUCUAGCCGAUCUUGACAUUCAUUUGGCUGCAAUGACCGAAGCAAAAGAGGAUGAGACCACAAGUCUCAGAGAGAUUGAAGGUCGGUUUAAGUCAGCUCAGGCAAAGAUCAUGACCUUGCAGUCAAAUUGUUUGAAGAUAUGGGAUACUGGUCCUUCUGAUAAACUUCUUGAGUAUCUGCAAAAUGUAGAAGAAAUUCAGAAUAUAAUAGUGAGCUUGGAAAGUAUGAUGCCAAACAAGAACAGGAAACAAAACAGACUUACUAACCAAGCUCACAGUGUGUUGCAAAUUGCAAUGAUAAGGCUGCAGGAAGAAGUUAUCAACAUUCUUGCGCAGAGUAAGCAGUGUUUUGGGCAUGCAUAUGUAUCGUUCCACUCUUGUGAAGAGAUCGCUGUUGAUGAAGAGACGAUGGUCUCAAUUGAGGAUGACUCAGUUGAGGCAAUAUCUUGCCUGGAUAGUAGUAGAUCUGAGUCAGAAGAAGGUAUAAUAAUGGAUUUGGUCCAUCCAGGUGUUGUUCCUCAUAUCAAGUCUAUUGCAGAUCUGAUGUUCACUUCACAUUACGUUCAGGAAUUUUGCCAAGUUUUUAUCAGAUUCUGGAAAGAUGCAUUGCAUGAAUAUUUGAGGCUUUUCUGGAUGCAACAAAUCAGCAUUGAAGAUGUGCUGAGAAUGGACUGGAGUUGCUUGAAUUGCAGAAUUAAGAAGUGGCGCCAGGCAACGAAGAAUGUCAUUGCAUUCUAUCUCCCUAGUGAGAAAAACCUCUUUGAUCAGAUUCUUGGUGAGUUUGAAUCUGUUAGUUCAACAUGUUUCAUUGAGGCUUCAAAGGAUGCCAUGAUGUGUCUUUUGAAUUUUGGCCAAGCUGUAGCUAUUGGGCCCCUUCAACCAGAACGUCUUUUUUGUUUACUCGAUAUGUAUGAGCUUCUAAGUGGUCUUUGUCAAGAUGUGGAUGCUUUGUUUUGUGAAAGCCAUGGUAAUUUCAUUCAAGUGGAGUACCAUGAACUCCUGAAAAAUCUUGGAGAUUCUGCAAAAUCAAUCUUUCUGGGGUUGGGGAAUCGCAUUGCUUCAAACACUUCAACAACUCCCUUCCAAGGAGGAGGUGUUCAUCCUCUGACCAAGUAUGUAAUCAAUUAUUUCAUGCUUCUGUCAGAAUAUUAUGUUACCCUGAGAUUCCUUCUAGAGGACAGAGUGGUGGAGAAUUCAGGUGGAGUUGUUGAUGCACUGGUCAGGCUAGACAUUUCUUCCGAAUUCCCAUGUCCAUUGGCUCUUCACUUGAAGUCAAUAGCAUCCAUGCUUGAAUCCAACCUUGAACAUAGGUCCAAUUUAUAUAAAGAUGAUUCUUUGAAGCACAUCUUUUUGAUGAACAACAUCCAUUACAUGGUCCAGAAAAUCAAGAAAUCCAAACUCAGAACCUGUUUUGGUGAUGAGUGGAUAAAAGAACAUAUCGUAAAAUACGUGCAGCACGAAAAAAGCUACGAGAGAAAAACAUGGAAUUCCAUCCUAUCUUUGAUAACUGGUUAUGAGAAGUCAGGGAAGGCAGUUCUGAAGGAGAGGUGCAGAAAUUUCAGUAUAGCUUUUGAGGAUGUGUACAAGAACCAGACAGGAUGGAUUAUUCCAGACAUUGAGCUUCGAGAUGAUUUGAAUAUUUCAAUCGCGUUAAGGGUUGUUCAUGCCUACCGGACAUUUGUUGGACAGGUGAGAAAAUCUCUCAGUGACAAGCACAUCAAAUACACAGAAGAGGACGUGGAGCAGUAUCUCCUGGACUUUUUUCAAGGUUCAGCAAAGUCUCUUAAUCAUCAUUGGAGGAGGUGAAAGUUGAACAACAGUAGUGCUAAAAGUGAUCACAACCACUGAGCCAUAAAGGUUGGAAGACAGUUGACGACUUUAGAUAUUAAAGUCUUACAGACAGGCCUAACAACAUAAGGUAUUUAAGUCGUGGCAUUCAAUACAUCUGUACAGGUAAAAGGGAAAACUUGUAUGAGCACAUGCUCUAGACUCUAGAGCAAAGAAUAGGACACGGAAGGUAUUUCAAAUUUUCCUUUUUAAAAUAUAACAAUACUGUACGGCUCAGUUUGUGCACGCAUAGACUAUCCCAUUAAACUAGCACGCCUCGACUAUUCAUCAGACCUGCUACCUUCCCACCAGCACCAAUAAAGGUUCAAAUAAGUUAGGCCUCCAAGGCUCUAGGCAGAAAUGAAGAUAUCACCCAACGUUGUGUAUUUCUGUUGGGAUGAAACCUUGGUUUUCUUCACCGUCUGCAUUAACCUCUAGGCCGCACAAAUGGUUGCAAUAUUUCAAUGUACUCGGUGUGUUUUUCUUUCCCUCUAUUGCUUUUAGACGUUCUGCUUAGCUUCUUUGUCAACCACAAGAUCAAUUUUGUCCUAUCAAAUUAUUGUGAUUUUUUCCUUUCUAAU